AUGCUCAGAUCCGCUGCAAGAUGCCUCAGCGUAUGCGCCGCGCAUGCCGAUCUCACUCCAGCCAUUGUGGGCUCAGCCUUCUCAGAUCUGGAACGAUGCUUGUUGAGGAGAAAUGCCCAUCAACAGUCAGGCAGCGACGCCAGUGAAGCAGCAGGGCCUGGCCCGGGUAGUGAGGCGGAGGAGACCUUCCUGCAGCUGUACCGCAGACACAACAGCAGCCUGAAGCACCUCAAGGGGCAGGUCAUUGGGGCGCGGGUGUUCAAGACAGACAGGCGAUUUGUCUACCUGGACACAGGAUUCAACAAGCACGUGAAGUACGCUAAGAAGGAGCUGCACCUGUCCCAGCUGGUGUCCAGCAGCGACGGAGGGCUGCGCACCUCUCCAGACGACUUCAGACUGGGAGACGUGCUGCAGUUCAUCAUUGAGGAGCUGGAGACGCCCUAUGGGGACAUGCAGCUUGCAGUAGAGCGGCCCAUUGAGAAGGACAAGGUGGCUGGAGUCUGGGAGAUGGUGAAGGAAGCGAUGCACACAAAUCAGCCGGUCAUGGGCCGCGUGCUCAACGCUGUCAAUGGGGGCUACAGCGUGGGCGUGGCAGGCAUUGUGACAUUCUGCCCAUUCAGCCAGAUGUCCUUCCUGACAGCGAGCAAGGUCGGGAUGCUGCAGCCCUUCCUCGUGACCAACAUGAACGAGGCCAAGCGCAACAUCGUCCUGCAGGAUGCCACGGUGCUCAGGAGGCGCAGGGGACCCAGGGAAGACCUCAUAAGAGAUCAAGGUCGCCCAGCAAGAAGCGAUGCAGACUAGACAGACGUGCACAAAGUUGGCUGGCAAAGGACGCAUUACGGCCCGAGGAUGCGUCGAGGAUCAACGAAGCAAGACACUCUUCUGUUUGUGCAAGAUGGGCCAUCCAUCAGAGUCAAUCUUCACAGCGCGAGGCACAAUUUCUGACAACCCAAUGGCAAGAAUUCAACUUGGCUGCAUCUGCUUGUUAAAAUUUCCUUCAGACCAGGGAUACAAUUAUGGUCUUGAAUGCAUUGAGGGAGGAGAGACAGGGAGUGCCCUUGCCGGCCCUGGCCUCAAUCUAGGAAACAACCUUAGCUUUAGUACUCUGUCAAAUACUGCAACUGCAAAUGCCAGCAAUUUACUUUGUACUUUGCUAUCUUAGAGAAGGAGGGAUGCAGACACUGAAGCAGAGCGAAUGCCAGAGUAAGUGGAAAGCCCUGCCAAAACAGUCACCGCAGUUGGCCAGCUGGCCACUCCACCGUGUUUGUUGUUGAUGUAACUGUAGGUCUGCUUU